AUGGAACUCUUUCUGAUCAUCUUCAUGUCAGCACUCCGCUAUCAGUGCCUUGCUUAUCUGCACUCAGCUGCUUCAGUAUCAAUAGUCCAUAGAGAUAUCAAGUCUGCCAACGUACUACUUGACGAUCGCCUCACAGCAAAAGUAUCAGACUUUGGAGCUUCUCGAGGCAUCCCCAUUGAUCAAACAGGAGUUACAACUGCGGUUCAAGGAACUUUUGGAUAUUUGGAUCCGGAGUACUACCACACUCGGCGACUCACCGAGAAAAGUGAUGUGUAUAGCUUUGGUGUCAUGCUUGUGGAGCUAUUAACAAGGAAGAAGCCAUGUGUCCACCUGUCAACACCAGGAGCCAGUCGAACUGCUGAAUUCAUCUUGCGAGUGAACCAAGACAAACUCUUUGAGAUGCUAGACCAGCAAGUUGAGACAAAACUUGAAGUGAUGCAAACUGUGGAAAAUAAUACACCAAUGGAACAGAACAAUGCCAAUGCUGAUGAUGACAACUUCAGUAGGCGAUAUAGUAUGGAGCAAGAAUGCAUGUCAUCUAUGAGUUUGCCUCGGUAA